AUGGCUCCUCCUGCUGACGUUGAUGCGUCACUGGCAUACAAUAUCAACGACAUCCGCAACUAUACGCUUGCUGUUAGCGGCGAAGUGUUCCGCUGGAUUGUGGACUUCGCUCCUCCCAUUGUCCUGCAAAGGAUGCUUGUUCGUGGUAGAGUGUUUGCACGCAUGUCACCUGAUGAGAAACAUGAGCUCGUCGAGAAACUGCAAGGCAUUGGUUACUGUUGCGGAUUUUGUGGCGAUGGUGCAAAUGAUUGUGGCGCACUGAAGGCUGCAGACGUGGGCAUUUCGCUCUCCGAAGCUGAAGCCUCUGUUGCAGCGCCCUUCACUUCUCGAAUCUUCGAUAUUGGCUGUGUGCCUACUGUCAUCCGCGAAGGACGUGCUUCACUCGUGACGAGCUUCAGCUGCUUCAAGUACAUGAGCCUCUACUCGGCGAUUCAAUUCACGUCGGUCACCUUCCUCUACGCCAAAGCCUCAAAUCUCGGCGACUUCCAGUUUCUGUUCAUUGACUUGCUACUGAUUUUACCAAUUGCUAUUUUCAUGAGCUGGGGCGGACCAUUCCCCGUGUUAUCGCGGGAACGACCCACAGCGGACCUUGUGUCGCGCAAAGUCCUCGUACCGCUGCUUGGCCAGAUGAUCAUCUGUAUCGCCAUCCAAACCGUCGCCUACGUUGCCGUGCGCGAGCAGCCAUGGUACAUUCCACCACGGCUGAACCAUGAAAAGUCCAGCAUCAAGAACUCUGAAAACACGGUACUCUUUUUGGUGUCAUGUUUUGAGUAUAUCCUGGCAGGGGUGGUUCUCAACGCUGGUCCUCCCUUCAGAGAGAGAGCGCUCAAGAACUACUGGGUUCUUGAUGGCGGGUAUUUGCCUCAUGCCGUGAUAAGAAUAGGCAUCCAGCGCCAGCUCCAGGAGCGUCUUGACUCCAUUGCGAGCACCUCUCUCAGUCUCGACUAUGAGCGGAAAAUGACAUUCAUCGAGAAGCUGCGAACACAGCCAAUCGCCAUCGAGACAGCCACUGCUAACAAGCAGCACUACGAGGUCGGCACCGGUGUGCUAGCUGCCUGCCUGGGCCCGCGCAUGAAAUGCGGUUGGGGAUCGGGCGCUUUGUAUUUCGCCGAGGUCCUGCCCAGCUCCAAGGUGACAGCCUUUUCCAACUCCAGGACGCAAAAGGAGUACAUCGAUGGCAAGGCCAGGGAAAAGGGCAUCACCAACCUGACCGUCAUCACGGGUAACGUCGUUGACUACGAGUUUGAGCCCGAGUCCUUCGACAGGGUUGUGUCCAUCGAGCUUUUCGAGCACAUGAAGAAUUACGAGCUGCUGAUGGCCAAGGUUGGCCGAGCGCUGCGGCCGGGCGGCAAACUCUUCGUACACAUUUUUGCCCACAAGACAACGCCUUAUGACUACGAGGAGGGUUGGAUGACGACGCACUUCUUCACGGGAGGCACGAUGCCCUCUGCCGAUCUGCUCCUUUACUUUCAGCGCGAUCUCCAGAUCCAAAAACAAUGGUGGGUCAACGGCCAGCAUUACUCCAAAACCUGCGAAGACUGGCUGAGCAAGAUGCUCGCUCACAAGCAGAAGAUCUGGCCGCACUUGACCGAGACGUACGGAGAACAAGACGCAAGCGUGUGGUAUAAUCGCUGGCAGAUAUUCUACAUGGCGUGUUCCGAGUUAUUCGCCUACCAAGGCGGGGACAUUUGGGGCGUGGCGCACUAUCUCUUUGAAAAACCCAACCAAGGUUGA